AUGAAACUUGGGACAAGUGGUGCGAGAUUUGAAACCUCUGAAAAAGUGCUUCAUACCUCAUAUGAGAUCUCCCUAUUAAUUGCAAAAUCUAAAAAACCUCAUACUAUUGGUGAAACUUUGAUUAAACCGUGUUUGUUGAAAGCCACAGAAGAGAUUUUAGGUAAGGAAGCAGCAAAAAAAAUACAAGACAUUCCUUUAUCAAAUAACACUGUAAAAUCGCGAAUAGGAAAUAUGUCACAAGACAUUGAAGAACAGCUUAUAUGCCUCAUAAAAAAAUCUCCAUGGUUUGCUCUUCAGUGUGACGAAAGUACGGAUGUAGCACAAUGUUGUCAAUUGCUAAUCUUUGUUCGAUUUUUAAGUGGAGAUAAUACAAUAAAAAAAGAAUUAUUACUAUCACAAGUAUUAGAAACUACGUCAAAAGGAGUUGACGUUAUGAAAAUAAUUCUUGAUUAUUUUGAAAAACAUAAACUAAUGUGGGAAAAUCUUGCUGGAUUUUGUACCGAUGGCGCUCCUGCUAUGCUCGGGUCACGUUCAGGUUUAGCUACAUUGGUAAAACAAAAAAAUCCAACCACAUUAACUACGCAUUGUAUUAUACAUCGUCAAGCGUUGGCAUCCAAAACAUUACCAAAAGACCUAGCUUUUGCGAUGAAAAUAUCCAUACAGUUAGUGAAUGCUAUUAAAAAUAGUGCACUCAAUACACGUGUUUUUCAAAAAUUAUGUGCAAAUAUGGACGCUGAGCAUGAAACAUUACUAUUUCAUACUGAAACAAGAUGGCUUUCGAAAGGAAAUAUGUUGGCACGUUUAUUUGAGCUUCGAGAGGAGUUGAAGUUUUUUUUAAUCGAUAAAGGUAUGAACUAUUUAUAUGAGCAACUCUGUUCUGGUAAUGUUAAACUUGAAGGUUCCGCAAAUAUUUUCGUGAAAAAUUAUUCUGUAUUUCCUAACCUGCGAGUUCUUAUUGAUGAUGAACACUACAAAUGUUUUACAGAAGAUAUUCAGAAUAAUGUAUUAGAACACUUAAGAAUCCUUAAAGAGGAAUUUACCAGAUACUUUCCAGAGUAUGGUGUAGUAGACAUUGAUGUUGUUAAGAAGUUAAUUCGUAAUCCUUUCACUGUCGAAGUCAACAACGUUCAAGAAGAAAUGCAAGAAGAAUUAAUAGAUUUUCAGAACGACAGCAACUUGAAGAGUUCGUUUGAAUUUAGUACAAACUUAGAGGAGUUUUGGUGUAAAAAGGCCAUGGGAUAUCCAAACAUUCGGCAAACAGCAUUACGUUUCCUCAUGGUUUUUUCAACCACAUAUUUAUAUGAGCAAGGAUUUUCUUCACUAUUAUCUAUACAAAAUAAACAACGAAAUCGUCUGAAUCCAAGUGAUGAUAUGCGACUGGCACUAAGCAACAGCAUCGUUCCAAGAAUUUCACAACUGGUAAAAGAAGCGCGCCCUAAUAAGUCACAUUAA